GCGUCCAACGGCAAAAAGGCAAACGGCAACAAAGCAUUUUGCAAAACGUCGCGCUGCAAACUUAAUUUUCAAUAGUACAACUUUUGAAGAGGAGUUCAAUUUCCUCCAAACAUAAUAAAAAAAACAAACAAGCGACUGGCGCCGGCCACAGUUAUAAAUGUCUACUGUGCUAUUUACGCUUAAAUAAAAGCAAACAAAUUUAAUGAAAGCAAAACUAGAAGAAAAAAAUAAUUUUAAUUCGGGGCAGUGCGGGCAUGCCCUGAAGAAGAGUGCCUAAGAGUCAAUAUUUGUUGUUCUAAAAUUGCCCCAUCAGCCAAAAUGACAUAAUCAAAUCGCGUCGAGGAGUUGAGGUGAUAAAAACAACAACAACAACAGCAACAACAAUAAAUCCAUUAACACAGUGCACGCCAAACAAAAGAUAAUCGAAAAUAUGUCUAGACGAAUGUGGAGCUGGCAGCAAGCCGUGCUGCUGCUAUUGGCCAUGAUUACGCUGACCUUUGCCUCGCCGGCGCCGAGUCGUCAGUAUAGCUGCAUGAGCUAUAUGGAGAAUGAUAAUACCCAGCACGAUGACGACUACGAGCAGGAGAACAGUGAGGGCAUCAGUGCGGAGCAGCAGCAACAGCAGCUCCUGGAGUCAAAUAUGUCACCCAGUGAGCCGCACAAGCGUAGCUGCACCGAAGGAUACACUUUCUGCUUCAGCCUGUGGAAUCAGACGGCAAAUGGCACUCGAUUGGUUAAGCAGGGCUGCUGGAAGGACAAUACGGAUCGCAAUUCGAUUUGCAGUCAAACAGAGUGCACCAGUUCGGCGCCAACAUCACGCAACAAUACCCUGUACUAUUGCUGCUGUUCGGGCGAGUUGUGCAAUGCUCAAGUGGCGGUUGUGGAGCCAGCACCACUGGAACUGGCCAACAAUGUGCGCGCGGCGGUUUCCAAUCGAGCGGCAUCACAGCAGCAAAACUCACUUACAGCCAGCACGAUGCUGAGCCUUAUAGCACUGCUCACGGUCAUCAUCAUUAGUAGCCUGAUUGCGGCUCAGUAUUAUUGUUCUGUGAAGGAGAAGAGCGAACCGGAAGAAUCACCGUUGGCACCCUCGGGACCCGGUUACAGUUCGAAUUUGCGCAACGUCGAUAAUAUGAAUUUGAUUGGUAUGCUCGGCAGUGGCAAGUAUGGCACGGUGAUGAAGGGCCUGCUCCACGAACAGGAGGUGGCUGUCAAGAUCUAUCCGGAGGCACAUCAUCAGUAUUAUGUAAACGAGAGAAACAUCUAUGCGUUGCCAUUGAUGGAUUGUCCGGCGCUGCUCAGCUAUUUCGGCUACGAUGAACGUCGCACCAUGGAUGGUCGCAUGGAGUAUCAGUUGGUUUUAUCUUUGGCACCGCUUGGCUGCCUACAGGAUUGGCUCAUUGCCAAUAGCACAGACUUUACUCAGUGCUGUGGCAUGUUGCGGUCCAUCACACGUGGCCUCUCCCAUCUGCACACAGAGCUGCGACUGGGUGAUCUGCACAAGCCCUGUGUGGCCCAUCGGGAUCUCAACUCUCGCAAUGUUCUUGUCCAAGCGGAUCUAAGCUGUUGCGUGGCAGACUUUGGGUUCGCACUGAAGGUAUUUGGCUCCAAGUAUGAGUACAAGGGCGAGGUGGCCAUGGCCGAGACGAAGAGCAUCAAUGAGGUGGGCACACUUCGCUACAUGGCACCGGAACUGCUUGAGGGAGCCGUCAAUUUGCGUGAUUGCGAGACAUCCCUCAAGCAAAUGGAUGUCUAUGCACUGGGCCUGGUGCUCUGGGAGGUGGCGACACGCUGCUCGGAAUUCUAUGCGCCCGGCCAGUUGACGCCACCGUAUAAGGCACCCUACGAGCAGGAAGUGGGUCCGCAUCCCAGUUUCGAUCAGAUGCAGGCAUUGGUGGUGCGUCACAAGGCCCGGCCCCUGUUCCCAGCGGGCUGGGGUGGAGGAUCCGCUGCCAAGCUGGUGCGUGACACUUGCGAGGAUUGCUGGGAUCACGAUGCAGAUGCUCGGCUGACCUCGUUGUGUGCCGAGGAACGGAUGCAGGAGAUGUCUAGCCUGCGGCCCCGCCUUCAGGCACAGCCCGCAAGUCCGCUGCUCAAUACCAACAAUCUGACCUCACCGGAAGCACAGCUCCACUUGACCAGCAACUCCACAAUCACAACCACUUCGGCUGCAGUGCAUCAGGCACAAGGGCAGCUCACAUCAGCGGAUGGUGGUCUCCUGCAACCGCCACCCAAUCAGCAGCUGCCCACAGAGAAGAAUCAUUUGAACUAUGCACAGCCGCAACUGCAGCCGCAUCUGCAGGGUCGCAAUCCCUGCCAGGAGCGUAAUCUGGCGCCGCAAGCGCAGCGCACACCGCCAGUGCUGGUGGAGCGCAGCAAGAAGCACAGCUUCCAGUCACAGCCGCAGCAGGAGCAGAGUCUAUCCUGCCUAGAGCAUGAUGUCAGCGUAGAGGAGCUCAUUGCCAGCCAUCAGCAGAAGCAUAACUCCAGCCUGGGCCAGGGCUUCCCGAAACAACAGAAUACGGAUCACAAGCUGCGCGGCUGGCAUGGUGUCCGAGCCCUCAUCCAGAAGAAACUCUUUCGCAAGGAGCACGCCGAGGAGUUGUGCCGGCAGCUUCAAUUGGGCGAGGAGAAAUCAAAUCUGGUGGCGGCUCUCAAGGGUAUAGAGGGGCAACGUUUGGCUGGUGGUCUGCGACGACCCAACAAUCUGGAUCUGAGUCCCUUGCAGCCACUGGACAGAGCCAAUCUCUUGCAGUUGCGCAGCGCAGAGCAGCGUAGUGGCACUCCCGCUCACAUCGUGCCCCGCUCACUAUCGAGCAGCCUCAUCAAGCACAUUAACAACACCACCACCAACAAUAAUAAUAUCAAUGAGAAUGAGCUGCAUAUGCUAACUAACGGCAAUCGGGCGCCCAAGCGUCGUCCUGGUCAUCUGCGCACAAAUUCAUUGCUCGUGACAAGCAACAGUGGCAGCAACAUAAUCCAGCCAACGGAGCAACAAAUGCGACGCCAGCACAGUUUGGAAGUCUUCCGUGAGGUGUUCAGUGGACGGGGAAGCAGUGAACGUUUGCGGGAUCCCAGCGAGCGGGUGAAAACUCCCGGAGAUGUGCCGCCAUCGGUGAGGAAGGCGCGUGCCUCGAAGACCCUCAGUUUGUAUGAUGAUCGCAUGAUGGACUCAUCUCUGCUAAAUAUACUCUAGCAUGAGGAAGUUCUGCUGCUAGAGCUAUAAGGCAGCAGAACCGUGUAGCUACUUAACUCAUAUCUCAAACUUCAUCAACAAAACGAAAAAAGAAAAACACACACACAACAUAUUCAACGAUAUAGCCAUAUAUAUACGAGUAGUUGAUAGGGCCCGUCGACCUGAUAACUGAAAACCGAUCUGCAAAAAAAAAAAAAAAAAACACAUGUUAGAUAAGUAAAUAAAUGUAUUUUUGUGAAAAGCCAGAUCCAGAUGUGUUCCCGCAAACGGUUCAGCUCCAAGAGAAAUCUAGAUGUACAUGUAUUUUUUCACCAAUCACCCUAGCGUUUAGUGCGGCAAACAACCAAAGUCCUUAUAGGUUAGAACAGACAACAAGAACACAGCAGUACGGAGAAUAGUGCCGAAGAGACAGACACAAAGUAGACGAAAAAAUUAUACAGGACCAGUAUAAGCGACAUAUUAUUGACUUCAACUGGACAUGGAUCAAUCAGUCUGAUUAUAGUGAAACGAUAGCUUGUUUAGUGGUAAGAGAGAUAGAGUUGAGCUUACAGGGCGUAACUGUACCUCGGUUAGGUUAGCAGUCAGUAUAAGAGCAGAAAGCAGAAUGGGGCUUUUAGUGGGCCAACCAGAUUAGGAACAUUUUUUUAAAGCCAUAUACACACACACACACACACACAUCCAAUUAAU